UGGAAGAACAAUGAACAUGCUUGCUGCACUAAUUGCUGUGUUGGGAGUCUUCUGGACCCAGGCAGCUGCAUAUCAUAUCUACACCAUUCCAUCACCUGGCCGUGACUAUGUCCUGCAAACUGUGACUAUUGACAAUACAAAAAAUACUGCAGACAUCCAUGUCCGUAAUGGGCUGUGCUCCUCUGACACCAUUUUUGAUUACAAACAUGGAUACAUUGCAACGAGGGUGUUUGCCCAGAGGGCCUGCUUUAUUAUGAAGAUGGAGAAAGGAUAUACCCUAACACUGGAAGAUAUUGGACGUCUUGCUUAUGAGAGACAGAUGAUGACCAAAAUGUAUUCCCCCACAUACUGGUGGGUCCAGUAUGAACCCGCUGAUUCUAUAAUUGCUGAAAUGAAGGAGUGGCUUCUGUAUGGCGAUUCUAUUGAGAGACUGUGCAAAGGUGUGCCUCUUUAUGGAGUCCACAAGGUUGAAAGUGGAAUUAACUCUGGUGGCUGUUUUAAAACAGGAAUCCUAGGCAUUUUGCACAUUUCUGUAUGUGGAAAAGUCCAUGUAUAGAUGUGACCCUGGCAGUGCCAUUAUUUGGAGAGGGCUCAUCAUUUUUUGUGUGC